AAUGAUUAAACGAAAGAACGAGUACACAGCCAAUCACAAAGUAGGGCACCAUAUUGAACUGUUUCCUUCACUCUGCUUAAAGGGUUGGUACAGUAUUUUUUUUUUAGAAAAGAUAAGUAAAGUGAUGUUAAUUUAGGAUUCGUAUAAUUGUCAUAAGUAUAAGAAGAUGGCUAUGAAGCUGGCGGAUGUAAAAAAGUUGAAGGUAGCGGAGCUGCGGUCCAAACUGAAAGAAGUUGGACUGGACAGUAAAGGACUGAAGACUGAGCUGGUGGACAGACUAUGGUCAGCGGUACAGGACGGUCUGGAGGAGGAGGAAAACACAAGUCUACACACAAAACAACAUGACAGCUCACCUAUAUCUGCAGCACUGACGGACACGGCAGAGGUGCGAGAUCUGGCCGUAACAGACGUAGAAGUAAAUGCUUCAUGUGGCCUCAGAGAGUACAGAGACAGCGGCACACAGACUGAGAGCGACGCCGCUCAAAGUGCACCACAGCACGGCUCUGAGUGUUCGACGAAGCCGGUGAGGAGCUUCCAGUCUGCAGAGGAGACAGGAGGAGGCAGAGGGAGGGCUUUCUAUGAAUUUAAAGAGGAAAUACGAUAUAAAAGAGCUAAAUCACCACAGCCCCCAGAAGGCAGAGACCUCUCAGAGGAAUGGGAUGAAGAUCAGGUCCAUCUAAAUCCGCCUGACAGUCACCUCCACUUUGAGUUGAGCUCUGAUGGGUGCUGCGGUAAGCCUCGGUUCUGGAACCAGUUCCCGUCUCUGUGGUCGGGAUGUAGACUCAGCCACGGGGUGCUGCAGGGCAACGUGGGCUUUGAGGUGAGACUGGAGAGGAAAUUAUUGAAUACACAGCCGGAGGAACAGGAGGACAUGGAGACGUAUGGAGUGAGAGUGGGCUGGUCAGUGGUUGAAGACUCUCUGCUGCUGGGUGAAGAUGGACUUUCUUUUGCUUACGAUGGACGUGGUAUGAAAGUAUCUGGUGGAAAAGAGGAAGAGUUUGGAGAAGUGCUCUCUGAGGGGGAUAUUAUUGGUUGUUAUGCUUCUUUCUCCAAAGAUGGAUCCGUUCAACUCUCCUUCCAUAAGAACGGUCGUUUCAUGGGCGUGGCCUUUUCUUUUAGCACCUCUCUGCUGGAGAGUCACCCUCUGUUCCCACACGUCCUGUGUAAAAGCUGUUCACUCAGAAUCCUUCUGGACCCCAGUGCUCCACCCUGGUACCCCAGCCCUGCAGGUUUCACACCCAUUGCAGCUCUUCCUGCUGCGCAGAGGCUACAAUCGACACUUUCUCCUUCAACCAGAGCAGAGUGUGAGGUGUUGUUAAUGGUUGGUUUUCCUGGUUCUGGGAAAACUCACUGGGCAAGGACUCACAUUAGGCAGCAUCCUGAGAAACACUACAGACUGUUGGGCACAGAGGAGCUGCUCAGAUGUGUGAUUAGUGAUGGACAGAGGGACAUCAGGCUGCGACAGGCCUCUCAUUGUCUGACCGAGUUAAUCAAGUUGGCAGCACAGACUUCUGGGAAUUAUAUCCUGGACCAGAACAACAUCCUCUUCUCUGCUCGGCGUCACAAGCUGCAGCUGUUCUCAGGCUUCAGGAGGAAAGUAGUGGUGGUUUUUCCAUCUGCAGAUGAGUGGAAGAAGAGACUGAUGCUGCACCAGACAAGUGAAGGAGAGCAAAUCCCUCAAACUGCACUGUUAAAACUCCAAGUGAGCUGCACUCUACCAGAGGAGCAGAGUGACCUGACUGAGGAGGUGCAGUAUGUGGAGCUUCCUCAGGAACAGGCACAAACACUCCUGCAGGAGUACAAAGACUGCGCUCGCAGACUGCUGCCUCCUGUCCCUACACAGAAGAAACAACCUAGAAUGUACAAGAAAAGGCCUUACCCUCCUGGCCCCCCACCACCUGCUCCACUGAAGUUCUCCUGGGCUGGGAGAAAUGAGUGGAACGACCAAACCAGAUUCAGCCUACAGCCGUGGAGUCAGCCCUCGAGCUACGUGAGUAAACCCUCAGACCUGCACAGCAAACACACUCCUGGAUAUUGUGGUGACAAAAACAAAAACUAACUAACACAGUUAUGACUUUAGGAAACAAAGGCUGUUCAAUAUUUAUUUGGCCAAUAUCCCCCCUGACCAAUAUCAUUCUGAUUGAAAAAUACUACUUCAUGGUUUAUACUGACUUUUAUGGUUUCUUUAGGGCAUGCUUUCAGUUGUCGUGAAAAUGGAGAAAGAACGAGAGAAGGAUUUGUGUCUGUUUGAGACUUUAAAAUUUACAAAUGUAUGACUUAUUAAUAUGUCAGGUGUGAUGAACUCUGCCAUUCUUCUGUUCAGUUUGAGUUGAUUUCACUGAGUAAACAUACUGGUCUCUAUUGUGUCUUC